AUGCAAUCAGGAAAUGAGACCACAGUAACAGAAUUUAUUCUUGUGGGAUUUUCUGUGAUUCCAGGACUUGAAUAUUUAUUUUUUUCAGUGUUUUUAAUUAUCUAUUUAAUAACCAUCCUUGGCAAUGCAUCUAUUAUCUUUGCAUAUUCUCUUUGUUCAGCCCUACACACUCCUAUGUACUUCUAUCUUACCAACUUAUCCUUUUUAGAAAUAUGUUAUGUUUCUAUUACUUUUCCAAAGCUUUUAUCAGACUUAUUACGAGAACAAAGAUCAAUCUAAUUUUUAGUCUGUGCUGAGCAAAAGUAUUGUUUUUUCCUCAUUGCUAGUCUGGAGUGCUGUAUACUUGCAGCCAUGGCGUACAAUAGAUAUAAUGCUAUAUGCCACCCCCUCUUGUAUCAAACCAUCAUGAACAGAAAAGCGUGUGUUCAACGCUUGACUGGGGCAUGGUUUACUAGUGCAGUAAACUCUUUGAUACACACUCACCUUACAAUCAUGUUGCUUUUCUGUAGUAAUAUUAUCAAUCACUUUUUUUGUGAGAUUCCUCCUUUACUGAAACUGGCAUGCAGAGUAAAUAUAACCAAGGAAAUUGCCCUCUUUUCCAUCGCUGGCUUCAUUCUUGUAGGAUCAUGUGUUUUUAUUGUGAUUUCUUACACACGAGUCAUUGUAACUAUCUUAGGUAUCCAUUCUACUUCUGGCAGGAGGAAAGCCUUCUCAACCUGUUCCUCUCACUUGACAGCAGUUACAAUAUAUUAUGGAUCUGGUAUGUUUAUGUAUUUAAGACCCAAACCAAACUAUGAAAUGGACCAGGACAAACUGAUUGCUCUUAUGUACACUACUAUUGCCCCACUGCUGAAUCCUUUUAUAUAUACACUCAGAAAUGGGGAUUUCCACUUAGCUUUUAGAAAAAUAAUACAACAUAUGUUUUCUCAAAAAUUCUAA